UUUGACCGAUCGUGAUUACACCCGUAUUGAUUUGAAUUGGCGCGCUCUACAGCGUUAAACGUUCUACUUUGAAUGCAAUUAAUCUUUUUAUACCUAUCGAUUUUAUGAUCGUCAGAAUAAUUAAAUGCGUAGGUGUCUUUACGAGAUUUUAACAAAAGCCCCGAGGAAAAUAUCAUUACAAAUUAAGUGACCACUAGAAAGGGGGGUAAAAGGGUCGAUCGGACUUGGAAAUUGGCUCAAUGAAUCCAUAACCACGCCCUUAUAUGCAUGCGUGUUUCAGAUUUCAGGUAUUUUAGUAUUUCAGUGGGGCAGUUGAUAUGCCUUACGUGAUAAUCAUUGCAUUGUUCCAGGGAGGGCUAGCCCAAGAAAACAAGAUUCAUGGCAAUUAUGGUGUGCCGUAUUGGCAUCGUCCAUUGGUAGUCGUGGAGGCGUCUGCAAUCGCGACUCGUGACGUGUUUCACGCGCGUCACCAAACGCUAUUAUAUACAUUCGCCUGACGCACGGCAUCAGCUCUAUCCUAUUUUCCGUUCUGGUGCCUCGUAGAGACGACCGUUGUGGGAUUUGCGAGGCGAAUUUAUUGAGCAGCAGCAGCUGCGCACAGCGAGUCGCGACUCCGUUCAGUGCAAAGCAAAUAGUUGUAACAUCAUCGUGAAUCUAGCCGCUAGAGAGCGAAUAAGUGGUAUCUCUACGUCAUAGGAGGAUUUACGAUCCUCGCUGCGACUGCAGUUCGCUACUGCUCGAAGUGAGAAGUCACUAUUCGAACUGUCUGUGCAGCAGUUCGGGUCGCUCUUCGCGUUCAGCAGUCCGUUCGUGCGAUUUUCUCUCGUCCUCGGCCAUAUGCACCCUGUAUACUGCAUAUGCUUGAUCAUGUAUGUAUGUAUAUAGAUAUGUAUAACUAUAUACGUGAUAAGCGUUGGCUAGUGACCGAACUGGCUAUCUGCUGCUAGCCCCUAAUUAGUGUCUUCGUCCGCGGGCAAGCCUGGGAGAAAGAGAAAACGACUUUUCGGACCUGUACGCAGUCUGAUUUACGUUGCCAAGUUUACUCUGCCAAGUACGCCGACCAUUACUAAAAACUUGCCCAGUAAUCCACUGCGAUUUGUUCACGAUACGCGAUCGUUCGACUGAAAUGAAACAUUCAUCGUUCGACCAAUCAAUGAUUGAUAUUGCCUUGUCUCGAGCGCGAUAACGGUAGCAGUCGCCAGUAAAACGUUCAACGUCAACUUCCUGAAGUCUUUACGUCCAAACUGCCAUUGGGAAUCAUGUCUAUGCGACGAGAUGGUCUCAUGAUUUCGGGCAUGUCUGGAAUUGUCAACAAUGCCAACGAUCAGAUCCUCAGCGCGGCAUCGUCGACUGCCCAAGCUUCGUCUCACUGCUACGCGCCCAACAUUAACAAUCAGAAUUCGCUCGAUAAUUCUCAUGUGAAAGUGCAUAUAAAUAACAGACCAACUGUUCAACCCGAUCGACCCAUUGGAUAUGGUGCAUUUGGAGUUGUAUGGGCUGUUACGGAUCCCAGAGAUGGCAAGAAGGUGGCACUCAAAAAAUUACCCAACAUCUUUCAAAGUGUCAUUAGUAGUAAACGAGUCUUUCGCGAGUUGAAGAUGCUGUGCUUUUUCAAACACGAAAAUGUUCUAUCUGCACUUGAAAUCUUGCAGCCACCGCUCUUGGAUUUUUUUCAAGAAUUAUAUGUCAUAACGGAACUUCUUCAAAGUGAUCUCCAUAAAAUAAUAGUUAGUCCUCAACAAUUAAGCUCUGAUCAUAUAAAAGUAUUUUUAUAUCAAAUUCUUCGAGGACUCAAAUACGUUCAUUCUGCUAAAAUUCUGCAUCGAGACAUAAAGCCAGGUAAUCUUCUUGUAAAUAGCAACUGUGUUUUAAAAAUUUGUGAUUUUGGUUUAGCUAGAGCAGAGGAAAAUGAUCCACGUGCAGUGAUGACGCAGGAAGUUGUAACUCAGUACUACAGAGCACCUGAAAUUCUCAUGGGAGCUAAACACUAUACAAAUGCGAUAGAUAUGUGGAGUGUAGGUUGUAUAUUUGCUGAACUUUUGAAAAGAAGAAUUCUAUUUCAAGCACAAAGUCCAGUGCAUCAAUUAGAAAUGAUCACUGAUUUAUUGGGAACUCCAACUUUAUCCGAUAUGAAAUAUGCUUGUGAACCAGCUAAGUCUCAUAUGCUAAAGCGUGUACCUAAACCAUCUCAAAUCAAUACUCUCUAUAAUUUAGGGGCACACGCCACUCAUGAAGCGGUUCACUUGCUUUGUCAAAUGUUAGUGUAUGAUCCCGAUAGGAGAAUGAAAGUAGAAGAAGCAUUGAACCACCCAUAUUUAGACGAAGGAAGACUGAGAUACCAUUCAUGUAUGUGUUCAUGUUGUUUUACAACAAGUGCUGGUGUAAGGCAAUUCACUGAACAUUUUGAGCCAAUAAGUCCACUUAUAUUUGACAGUACAUGGGAGAAACGACUAACAACUGUUCAACAAAUAAAAGAAGAGAUGCACAGUUUUAUUUGUAAACAAAGUGACAAUUCUCAUGUGCCAUUAUGUAUAAAUCCACAAUCUGCAGCCUUUAAGAGUUUCGCUAGAUAGUAUGUCUUUUGUAUUUAAAAAAUUGUGUAUAUAAGUUACAUUAAUGAAUUGUUCCAUGUACAGACUCUACCAUAUAAUGAAAUAUAAUGUGAAAUUGUAAUAUAUUUAAUAUCAUAAAUAAUUUUUAUGCAGUACUUAUUAAAUAUAUUUUAAUUGUAACUUUUAAUUCUUUGCAUCAGGACAUGUAAUGAAUAUCAAUUAACUGAAUUAUUUACUCUAACUUUUAAUUUAUAUUUAUGUAAAUAUAUAAUGUUAAACAAAAUUCUAUGUUAAUUUGAUAUAGAAUUCAAUAAAUGAUUUGUAUUGUGAAUGUUAAAAAUGAGAA